UGUCCAGAGGUUGUGAGACACAGUAAGGAUUUGUGACGUGGUUGCAGGGUUGGGGCAGGGGGAGAAAUACGGGCGGUACGAGCAGUAAAAGAGCUGGGUACAUCGGAUCCAACUUCACGUUGAAGGGAGGACCACUUGGCUGGUGUCCAGAGAGAUAAGUGUGGUCGGAUGAAUGUGUCCUUGUUUUACUCGCAGGCACAGCGUCUUAUCCUUUAAAGCUUCAACGCUGGAUCGAUUUAAAAGGCUUGGGCACCAAUGAAAGAAUGACCAGUCGGAUGAUUUAAGGACACCUCAAGGAAACUUUUAAUAUUAUUAUUAUAUAUAUUUUUAAAUCCAUUCACCGGAUGUUUGCUCAAUGACAUCUUGUUUUUUCUGGGAUACAAAACUUAAAGCGUGUCCACUAUUAUUUUAAACACUACUUGGCAGCUUAACCAUGGCACUUUAUGUCGAAGGUCUGAGUAAAGGUGUGGCUAACGGAGGGAUGGCUCAGUUCCAGGAAACGAUGCGGCAGCAACUGGAGAGCUCCAUGCACGAUGAGCUGGAGAAGCUGCUGGACACCACCACAGGGGCUGAGCGAGAGGUAUCCAAGAAAGACUUUGAGGGCUUCAAGAAUCUCUUCCAUAGAUUUCUGCAGGUGAAGGGACCAUCAGUGGAGUGGAUCAAGAUACAGCGACCUCCAGAAGACUCUAUUCAGCCGUAUGAUAAGAUUGCCGCUCGAGGCCUGCCGGACAAUGUGGCCAACAGCUUGAACAAACUGGUGGUGGUGAAGCUGAAUGGAGGCCUGGGUACCAGCAUGGGAUGUAAGGGCCCCAAGAGCCUGAUCAGCGUCCGUAACGAGAACACCUUCCUGGACCUCACUGUGCAGCAGAUAGAGCACCUGAACAAGACUUACAACACAGACGUACCUCUGGUCCUCAUGAACUCUUUCAACACAGAUGAAGACACAAAGAAAAUCCUGCAGAAGUACACACACCACCGGGUCAAGAUACACACCUUUAACCAAAGCAGGUACCCUCGCAUCAACAAAGAGUCUCUCCUUCCCGUGUCCACAAACUUGAGAAUGACCGGGCAAAACGCAGAGGGUUGGUACCCUCCCGGUCACGGCGACAUUUACGCCAGCUUCUACAACUCGGGCCUGUUGGAUCAGCUGAUUGAGCAGGGCAAAGAGUACAUCUUCGUGUCCAACAUCGACAAUCUGGGAGCCACCGUCGACCUCCACAUCCUGCACCACCUGGUCAGCCAGCCUAACGGCAAACGCUGCGAGUUCGUCAUGGAGGUGACGGAUAAGACCCGCGCUGACGUGAAGGGAGGCACGCUGAUCCAGUAUGAAGGGAAGCUGCGCCUGUUGGAGAUCGCCCAGGUGCCCAAAGCGCACGUGGACGAAUUCAAAUCGGUUUCAAAGUUCAAAAUCUUCAACACCAACAACCUGUGGAUCUCUCUACCUGCUAUCAAGAGGCUGCAGGAGCAGAAUGCAAUGGACAUGGAGAUCAUAGUCAACCCCAAGACGCUCGACGGCGGGCAGAACGUCAUCCAGCUGGAGACUGCGGUGGGUGCGGCCAUCAAAUGCUUCGACAACGCCCUGGGAAUAAACGUUCCCCGCAGCCGCUUCCUGCCGGUCAAGACUACGUCGGAUCUGCUCCUGGUCAUGUCCAACCUGUACAGCCUGGAUGCCGGCUCGCUCAACAUGAGCCCGAAGAGAGAGUUCCCGACAACGCCGCACGUCAAACUGGGCAGCUCCUUCACCAAGGUUCAGGAAUACUUGAUCCGCUUCGAGAGCAUUCCCGACAUGCUGGAGCUCGACCAUCUGACGGUGUCCGGAGACGUCACCUUUGGGAAAAACGUGUCGCUUAAGGGCACCGUCAUCAUCAUCGCCAACCACGGAGAUCGGAUCGAUAUUCCGGCUGGCUCCAUGCUGGAAAACAAAAUCGUAUCCGGCAACCUCCGCAUCCUGGACCACUGAGGCCUUCUUCACCCUCAUCGUGUGACGUAGUCCCCCGUAAUCCCUGUCAUGUGACCCAUUUGACAUGUUGACACGACAUCAAGAGAUUGUGAGAGGAUAUGACUUUUUCCCCUGGAGGCUGAGUGUGAUUGCAUGUGCAGUGCUACCCUGCAGUCUCAGCAUUAAGAAGCAGUUCGCCUGCUUUGAUGGUUGGAAGCAGCUGGGAUAUACUGCCCUCUGCAGGCUGUUCAUCACAUAACCUUUAAAAGUAUUACUAAUGAACUAAUCUUAGCGACCACUUUAAACACUUUUAUCCAGAUUAGAGAGAAAACAACUCACCCUUUGUUUUC